AUGCCCGCUGUCAAGAGAACGCCAAUCCCUCUGCCCGGCCGGGCCGUUGCCGCCGCCGACACCCCCUCGAAAGCUCCCAAGCCUGCCCAGAAGCCUGCCCCCAAGCCUGCCCCCAAGGACGACAGCUCCGACGACGAGAGCUCCAGCAGCGACGAGAGCUCCAGCAGCGAAAGCGUCGCAGCUCAGACCAAUGGGUCGAAGAAGGAGCCUGUGAAGAAGGCCCAGGCAGCAGGGUCCAAAAGCUCGUCUGAAGCAAGCGACAGCAGCGAGGGAAGUGAAGAGGAGGAAGAGGAAGAGGACGACGACGAGGACGACGAGGACGACGAGGAGAGCAGUGAGAGUGGUGACGGGAACGCGAAAGCCGAGCAACCUAAGAAGGCAGAGGCAAACAAGGCCACAGUCUCGGGUGGCAACGCAAGCGGCAGCGGCAGCGGCAGCGAGGAGUCGGAGAGCGAAAGUGAAGAGGAGAGCGAGGAAGAAGCUGCUCCCGCCCAGACGUCGAGCUCUUCAAGGACACAAACCGCCCACUUCCGCGCUGCCCAGCCGUUUGAGCCCCCAUCAGGAUUCAAGGCCGUGCAAUCCGGUCUCAAUCCCUCUUCCAACCUCGCCAAACUCCUGAAAUCUACCGAUCUCUCGAAAAAGCAAAUAUGGCACAUCACUGCGCCAGCCGACAUCGAUAUCAAGCAAAUCAAGCAGUUUGUACGGGGCAAAGCAGCGCUCAAGGAGCCUGCGAUUGAGCACAAGGGCGUCGGCUAUGCGUUCCUCCCGGAAGAGAAGGGCACACAAACAGGGAAGAAGCUCCUUGUGCCGACGGAGAAGGGCUUUGCAGCCGUCCCGGCUGAAAUCACGGAGACGCUGCGUCUGCAGCAGGUUGUGAAUCUUCCCAAGCUGUCCGAGAAGGUGACGGGCUCCGCACGGAGUACUGCCCCUGUCCAGAAGUUCGUUGAGCGCCCAGAACAGCCUGCAAGACGGCAGCCGGAGGGAUUGCGCAUGCGUUUCAAGCCCUAUGGUCACAGCGGAGAUGUGUCAGGUAACAUUUCCGACAACGAAAGCAGUGCGCUCGCACAAAAGCGGAAGCACGGCGAAGCAGCCGCGCCUGCAAGCUCAAAGAAGUCUAAGAAGGAGAAGAAGCCGAAAGAGAGGUCCCGCGUGCCGGACGAUGAGGCGGGAGAGCCGAUGGAAGGUGUCGAGGCGGCAGCGGAUGCUGGCGAAGCGGAGAAGAAAAAGAAAAAGAAGGAGAAGAAGCACAAGGAGGGCAAGAAGGACAAGAAGGACAGGAAAAGCAACGAGUAA